GGUUUGCCGAACUACUUUAGACCACAGUACCGUUGAUAAUCACCAGGGCGUGUAAGACUGCGCUUGAGAACAGCACGCCACUUCAGGCACAGGUACAAGCGAGAAGAGGACGCCGACUUACAUCCAUAUUUCGAAUCUUUAAACACCAAGACUUCUCUCGACGGAAACAUGGCAACUCUGAGCGACAAAAAAAAGAAAGCCUACAGGGAACAGUUCAACAAGUUUGACAAAAAUAAGGACAAGAAGAUAAGCAAGGACGAGUUGCGUUCAUUGUUGAAGACGGUGGGUCGACACCCCUCCGAUGCCGCUCUGCAGAAGGUCAUGAACGACGUCGACAAGGACAAGAGUGGCUUCAUUGAGUAUAACGAGUUCGAAAUGAUGAUGAUCAAGAUUGACGCGGAAAUUGAAAAACGAUUGAAGGCAACGUUCAACCAGUACGACAAGGACAAGAGUGGAUUCAUUACUCUUGAUGAGCUGCAGGCAGCCUACGAAGACAUGGGCAUCGAAUCAACUUCCGACGAAGUGAAACAGGAACUCGAGAGGGCGGAUGUGAAUGCAGACGGCAAACUGAACUUCGACGAGUUCAAGAAAUUGUUUGGGCGUAUCUAAGCACUGGACUGCGUAGUUGGUAUCAUGGACGUCUGUGAUUUCCCGGACCAUGUGAUCCAAUAUGGCGGCCUGUCGAUUGAAAUGUAGGAUAGUAGCAGCAAUUAGAGCUGCAGUAUAGUCUCCCGAUAUCGGAUGUUGAAUUUAUAUCCAUUCAACGUAUUUCUAUGCAUGUAUGCUAGAUAUGUGAUUUUCAGUAAGGAUAGGGCUAUUUCAGUAAUUCGGGUUCAACCACAAAGUUAAGGAUAUGUCAAAGUGAGUCUUAUUCUUCAUUCAAUACCGUGUGGCACUCUUCAGUCACAACUCGGGGUUCGCAUAAUUAUUUGAUAAUUAUCACAUACAAUUCCGUAAAGACAUCGUACUCUUAGAUAUUAGAAUCAUUACUUUAUCUCAGAGUUGAAUGACGACUGAAGUUGGUCUCAAACAAGUGUUGGAGUCGAGUCCAUCACAAGUCCUUUCACAAGUCCCUUUACAAGGCCAGUCAUAAAUAACAAGGUGAACAAUAUAGGUUCAAUUGAAUAGCUUGUGUUAUUAAGACUGAAUGACACGCAAUGGACUUACAUGAUAGACUCGAAUACAACACUGUUAAAUAAACACGAGACGGCUAUGAGUCCUGAUUUUUUAAAGGAGGUGGGGAGUUAUAAUGGUUGCAUAUUCACUAUUCGGGCACUGCGCUGAUACGGAACAGAGCUGUUACUUGAGAGAGUUCCGACAUGAGUGUCUCAAUUGGUUGGAACCAAAAUGAUUGAUAAUGCAUGCACACGGACCGUUAGAGCACAAUAGGUGCAUGUACCGCACACAUAAUGAACAGACAUUUCGGUUCCAAAGUCGAGUUGGCGCUACACUCUGUACAAACAGAUCUUAUACUGACCCAUGAAGGGCUCCCUCUACAUGUUCCUCAAAUUAUAGCACGGCUUUGACUGUAGGUGUUAGGAUAGGCAUAUAGUUCUUUAUUGGUGCUCGUUGAUGUAUUAUAAAUCGUUUUGACCCUGAAAGGUUCACUAGUUAAAAAACAAAGACUUUGCUGAAUUUAGAAAAA